CGAGACCUGUGACACACCCGGGGCUCCGUGCUCCCUCCAGGUGGCCACCUAAGGCUUCGUGGCCGUGGAGGGAAGCUGGCGGCCAGCGGGGAGAGGGGACGGCAAGCAGGAGCCCAGGACCCACGGAGCCCGUGGUUGGGGGCCAGGGACAGGGCGUGCCAGGACCGGACGGAAGCCCGGGGCCGGGAGAGCUGGGCGUCUGGGGAUGGAGGGUGUGGGGCCGACUGGCGGGAAGCUGGGGUAGAGGCUGGGGGCGCGGGGCGGGAGCGAAGGCGGGGACCGCGGGGUCGGGGGCGGCGCGGGUUUGAGGGGAGGGGGCGGGACCUUCCUCGGUGGGGGGGGGAGGGGGCGGGGGCCCAUGUGACCGGCUCAGACCGGUUCUGGAGACAAAAGGGGCCGCGGCGGCCGGAGCGGGACGGGCCCGGCGCGGGAGGGAGCGAAGCAGCGCCGGCAGAGAGCGAGAUGCAGCGCCGAGGCUUCCUCCUCCUCGCCCUCUUCGCCCUGCUAGCGCUCACCGACGCGGUGGCCAAAAAGAAAGACAAAGUGAAGAAGGGCGGCCCGGGGAGCGAGUGUGCCGAGUGGACCUGGGGGCCCUGCACCCCCAGCAGCAAGGACUGCGGAGUGGGUUUCCGCGAGGGCACCUGCGGGGCCCAGACGCAGCGCGUCCGGUGCCGAGUGCCCUGUAACUGGAAGAAGGAGUUUGGAGCUGACUGCAAGUACAAGUUUGAGAGCUGGGGGGCAUGUGAUGGGGGCACAGGCACCAAAGCCCGCCAAGGCACCCUGAAGAAGGCUCGGUACAAUGCUCAGUGCCAGGAGACCAUCCGUGUGACCAAGCCCUGCACCCCCAAGACCAAAGCCAAGGCCAAAGCUUCAUUUCUGACUCACAGCAGCCCUGGAGGCCAACAGGGUAGAGGUGGAUCUGCCCACUUCUCAGCCAAGAAAGGGAAGGGAAAAGAUUAGCAGCCAGGCCUGGAUGCCAAGGAGCCCCUGGCUUUACUCGGGGGCCUGGCCCACGCCCUCCUUCCACAGGCCCAAGAAAUAACCCACCAGUGCCUUUUGCCUACUCGUUAGCUUUAUCAAUCAUGCCCCGCUUCCUCCCUUUCAUGCUCCCACCCCCACCCGCAAGUGCCCGGAGUGGGGAGGGACAAGGGAUUCUGGGCAGCUUGAGCCUCCUCCCCUAAAGGGAUUUGAUUCCCCCCUGGGCCCGCUGUGCUCCUUCCCCUCAAUGAUGCCAUUACUAAGAAACAAAAUAAACUAUCAUUUUUUUUCCCAAUAAAAGCUUUUCUUUUAAUAUA